UUCAAAACCCAAUAAAGGCGGCAACGAUGAGGAGGGUGAUAGAGCAGCCUUGCUCUAUCGCAUCGAUAAGCCCUCCUUGUUGCCAUCCUCUGCCCAAACAUAAGCAACAACUCUGCCUCCAAAUAAGAAGUCAAACUGCUUUUACUAAAGCCAAAAUCAGCUCCGGAGUCAGAACCUGUCUCACAACAAGGACUAUCAGGAGUUAUAGCCUCUGGCCAGUGGAGAAAGAGAAGAAGAAGAAAGAGAAGAUCAAGGAGAAUGACAAUAGCGAAACCCUACUAUUAGAGGAGAAGCAUUCCGUCGUUGGUGACACGGGCAUUGACAAUAAGUACAAAAAGAGCCAUAAUCGAGAAGAACGACAAAGCAAGAAUAAGACGAGCUUCAGCGGCAUUUCAUCGAACAUGUGGUGGCGAAACUUGAAGGCAGUAUUGGGGCAGAGUUUCAAUCUCGAGGGUAUCAGUUCUUCGGUGGCGGUGGUUACUAGAGACCGUCAUUUGGCCGUCCCGCAUAUCACCGUGCCGGACAUUAGCUGGAUCGAUUGGGCGGGACUAGAGCGGAGGGGUUUCAGGGGCGUUAUUUUCGAUAAAGAUAAUACCCUCACUGCGCCUUAUUCUCUUGCUCUAUGGCCUCCUUUAAACACUUCAUUGGAACGAUGCAGAUCUGUUUUUGAUGAGAAUGUCGCCAUUUUCAGUAACUCUGCUGGGCUCUACCAGUAUGAUGUUGAUGGUUCGAAAGCCGCAGCAAUUGAGAAGUCUCUCGGAAUUCGCGUCGUAAGACAUGGGACCAAGAAGCCAGCUGGAACAGCUGAAGAGAUUGAAAAAGACUUUGGCUAUGAUACCUCACUUCUUGUCAUGGUAGGUGAUCGCCACUUCACAGAUAUUGUUUAUGGAAAUCGAAAUGGAUUCUUGACUAUUCUAACAGAACCAAUUAGUCCAUCUGCGGAGCCAUUCAUCGUUAAGCAGGUUCGGAAAAUGGAAAAGUGUCUUGUGAACUCCUGGUGUAGGAGAGGGUUGAAGCCAACCGGUCACAAUCUCCUGCAAGAAGCCAUACAAUGUGUAAAAGACCCAUCAACUAUGUAACAAAAUAUUCUUUGUGUUAAUGCAAAAAUCAAUUGAUGUCU